UAUGUGAACUGUAUCCUGAGUUGCAGUCCUGUCCCUGCAUUCCUCUCAUCUAGGAUUAGCUUGAAAGGGAAAAAAUCAUAAAUAAUAACAGACGCAGAUUGGAAUACGCCGCUGAAGCAUCUGUUUUCAAUCAGGACUAUCGUUUUAAAGGACGUGAUAUCCCUGGAUGAUCGCAGAACCGGAUCUCUUUGCUUUACGUGAGCCGUCUAUAUAAAGGGCAUACAAAUGAGAGGAAAAGUAAAUAGAUACGUCGUUUUUAAUUCGCGUUAAACAGGAAAACAAAAUGGCUGAUGAGCGAUAACAAGGGCCAAACGAUAUCGUCUCCUUUAAGAGCAACAAAGGUAUCUAGCUUUAAUACAUGAAUAUUUUAGGCGAGUUAGCGUCGUCAAAAUAAAAUACAAGACAUUAGGCUCUAAAAAUGAACGCAAUCCGUCUCUGGUAAGUGCGGCCAGGUAAACAUCAGUCGAAACAUGGACAGGGAUCAGGCUGUGGAUUAUUCUAUAAUGUUUAACCAACACAGAUAGCGAGAGAAUAGCUCUGAUAAUGAUAAAAUCGCAGCUCUUUGUGGUUUAAUGUUACGAGAGCAUGUUGGCACGCAUGUAUACGCGUCAAUUGUAUGUUCAUUCAAAGUCGUAUCACUAUAACAGAUAAAAUAGUCUUUCUAGCUUUACCGGCUGCCUUAUAGCUUAUAGUUGUAGGGGACAGAAAGCCUAUCGAUAUAGUGUUUCACGAGCAGCACCGAGGCUCAGGUCUACUUUAUUAUAAUUCCAGCAGGGCAAAUGUCAUGUGCCCUGGGCACAAAUCAAAUGCGUGAUCGACUGCUUCAGUAAAUGACUAAACAUACAGCUGCUUGCGAAAGGACGUUUUCAGCGCAACUUGUGGCGUCACCCUUUUCCUGUUUUAAACUGUUUUAAACGACGAUACAAUAUUUACAUUUGGAUUUAACUGAUCUUAUCUCGACUGACACUGGAUGUUAGACGACGACGUAGCCUUUAACUAGUAGUUCAAGUUAUCUUUCAGCGGAUAGUCACCGAGACAUUUAACGCGUGCUCCGUCUGACUCGGGUUUGAUUUGGGUGCCGUAAUUGGAAAUAGACUGAUAAUUGGUUUGGCCGAUGCUUUUUAAACGCAUUCUGCGCGUUUAUCGAUUCGUUUUGACCGAUAAAUGGUAUCAUUUACGGGGUCUCUGAAGAAUAGUGUACAAUAAUGUACAAUAUAUAUAUUUUUUGUAGUCAUUCAUUCUGAAGGGAGUCAAUGUUUAGCUUUACCAUCAGACAAAGACGAAAAUAUAUGUGCCACUAUUUGGAUCACAAACAACUUUGCAUAAAUUAAAUUAUCGUUACUGUCGUAAACAAUUCAUUACGGCGUAUUAUGUUUUUUAGUUGUCAGACUAUUAAAAAUCGGAUAUAAAGUUCGUAAAACGAACACAAUGGUUAAAAUGAUUUUUCAUAAUAGCAUUUUAAAUUAGUUAAGCCAUUUUCUGUCAUGUUUCGCUCGCCCUAAAAUAUUACCAUAAUUAGUGUUCUUUUUAUGAUUAUCGUUUGUCGAUAGAUUUUCGAAGUUUCUCUCGUUAAAAAAAAAUAGUAACCCUCCUGAACGUCAGAUUCCUCCUUUCACACCCGGCUGUGGUAUUUGAUUGCUGACUAACUUUGCCAGGAGCAGAAACGCUCCCUUGGCAUGUUUGGGUUUGAUCAGCAGCUGUUUCUCUGGGGCUUCUGUGCUCGUAUGGUCUUCAUCGACUGACCUAACACCUGGAUCUAAAUGAAAGAGUCACGAGAAUGAGCGAAACCUUGUUGGGACGGUGCUAGAACUUGAUGUUUGCCUUCCGCGAGCGGAUCAACUCAAAACUGGAUGUCUGAUCAACUGGAUGAGAUGGCUGAGACCUGGCGGAACUGCUUCGAGGAGGAACUCAUUUGUCCCAUUUGUUUGCAUGUGUUCGUGGAGCCUGUGCAGCUGCCGUGCAAACACAACUUCUGCCGGGGCUGCAUCAGCGAGGCCUGGGCCAAAGACACGGCCAACGUGCGCUGCCCUGAGUGCAACCACGCCUACAGUCAGAAACCCAACCUGGAGAAAAACAUCAAACUGACUAACAUUGUAGAGAAGUUCAACGCGCUGAACGUCGAGAAAGCUCCGGCCGUACUGCAUUGCAUUCUGUGCAGGCGAGGGCCUCCUCUGCAAGCGCAGAAAGUGUGUCUGCGGUGCAAUGCACCGUGUUGCCAGUCGCACAUCCAGACGCAUCUCCAGCAGCCCUGUCCCGCUCCUGGACACCUCCUGGUGGGGGCUGAGGAGGUGCGGGCUUGGAGCUGCCUGCACCAUGAUGAGUACAGACUCUAUCACUGCGAUGCGGAACAGGUGGCGGUCUGCCAGUACUGCUGCUUCUCCAGAUGUGCGCCCAACCACGGCCACGCGGUGUGCGACGUGGAAGUGCGCCGCAAUGACAUCAGGCAUAUGUUAAUGAAGCAGCAGGAUCGCAUUGACGAUCGAGUGAAAGACAUUGAGGAGCAGCUGUAUAAGUUGGAGUCUGACAAACUACUGGUGGAGGAUAAGGUACGGCAGCUGAAGGAGGAGGUGCGUGUGCAGUAUCACAAAAUGCACCAGCUCUUAGAAGAUGACCUGGGGAGAACUCUAGAGGUGCUGGAUAAAGCACACUCCAAAUACUGCCAGGAGAACUCGACCCAAACCCUCCAGCUCAAUGAACGCCGUCAGGAGGCCAAGAAACUGCUCAGCUCUGUCCAAGUUGUGUUUGACAAGGCAGAGGAUAUUAACAUUAUGAAGAACACAAAACCAGUAAAAAUACUCAUGGACAGAUCACAGUCAUGCACGGGCAAUGUUCUGCCUCCUUACAAAGUGGGUCAUCUUAAUUCCAAAAUAUUCCUGUCUGAAGUCUCAAAAAAGGAAAAGAACUUGAGAAAAAUACUGGAAGCACCAUUCAGUACUCCCGCGCACUUCCUCCAGAGCGUUUCUGUCCACCCCUCCAGUGUGAAUACCUCCGGGGGUGAGAAACGCAAACACUCCACGGCCUUCCCUGAAAGCAGCACCAGCCUGCUGGAGUCCUCAUCAGGCCCCAUGAGCAAACAGCAGUUCCUGGGUCAAGGUUCCAACACCACAGACGGCCCGACGUCGCAGCCACCCAUGGCUCCCUGUAGCUCCACCCAGCACAUUGUAGGCCUCAGCAGUAGCAGCGGUGCCCAGUCUGUCCAUCAUUCCAGCUCUGUUUUUACUCCCGCCGACUACCCCAACCCCAGCUCGUCCCAGCAGGCCAUGCUGCCACAGUACGGCGGCCGUAAGAUUCUCAUGUGCACGAUGGACAACUGCUACUGCUCUAGUGUCCCAUCCAUAUCGAACCACCGCGGCCAUCCUCCCUACCCGCGCUCUGGAUCUUUCCCUUGGACACAGGAUUACACCCACCCCCUGCCCUCCACGCCUUCAAUGUCCCAGCCUCUCCAGGGGCUCUCCAUGCACGACUGGAUCGACGCCUCACAGAGCCAUAGGCACCCUGAUUUCUAUGGACUCUACGGGCAGUCUUCCACUAAACCAUACGUCACCAGUUAACUUCCACUGCAACUCUGGUUUAUUUCCAAUAACUCACCCAUUUCCUUAAGGUUCGGUCACAUUUGCGAAAUUUCAGUGAAAUUUUGCGUGCGAAAACAGGUUCAUUGUCAAUAGCAUAGAGAUGUAUAAAGUCUGCUUCAAACCAAGUGAAUUUGAGUGACCAACUUGAAAAUGAGCGAAACCCGUGUGGGGAAUACCCAAUUGCAUGGAUUCCUAUUGGAAUGACUGGAUUUUGCCCGCGAAAUCUUGCAAAACAAUGGCAAAUGUGACCACACCUUUUUAGACCAUUUUUGCCCGCCUGCCUUUCGAAAUCAGGCUGGUUAACAUCACAAUCUAAAGGACAGCACUUUUUAGCAUGCAAUGCAAGCCUCUCGGCUUCAAAACACAGAUCUCUUCCAACUUAAGCAUUAAAACCUUUUCUGUCCCUGCAUAAAACAUGAUAAGGGAAUCUUUCUUUGAGAAAUGUGGAGGCGGGACCCAGCUGAGUUUUUAAAAUUACAAACAGAUUUUGGAUAAUUGCAGAGGGUUCUGACCCGGAGCAGAUAAUGAUCGCUUGUAAAUGGAGUUAGUUUUAACUCCUUUCACCUCCCCUCUUCCUGCCUUUAGGGCAUCUGGAAUCUGGUUGGUUUUUAUGACGUGGUAAAGAUUCCUUUUAACAUUGUUAUUAAACUUCUACAGUUUUAUUAAUAGUAGAUGGGGAAUAUUGUUAUAUAAAAUAAAGAGGGAUAGAGUGCGUUUAUUAUUUUUCAUAUUUCACCUCUACCGAGCUUAAGUUUCUGCUGAACCGCUCCACAGGUAGCCAUGUGACUGGGAACUCUGAUUAUGGUUUGACGUGUUACUUACAUUCCUUAGAGGCCAGAGGAGCUUAUUUUUCUGUUAUGUUUACAAUUAUGUAUUAAUAUUUGUUUUCAUUAAAUUUCGGUAGGUUGGAAAAGAUCAGUACAAAAAUUCAGUGCAGAUUCAUUGGAGGCUUCAAAGAUUUUCCACCAAGCAUGUCAUGAGCUAGUACUUCUGGAUUCUGCUUCCUGUCAGAUAAUGUUACUUCCUGCAUUCAAGCACAUGUGAAGCAUGUUCAGGAUGAUUGGUGCCUACACACACCUCUCAGUCUUAUAACGGUGUAGAUAUACUUCCUGUUUUAGCCGGUGACGGUGAAGCCCGACGGGGUCUGUGGUCACCGUGAAACACUGAUUGUCAUGAACAUGCUGAAAAACUUCCUGUUUGUGAUUGUAGACAUGCAGGAAAGCCUUUCUGUGCACUCAGAACUCCAAGAGACUCAACUGAGUGAGACUAGAGGACAGUUGGUGACAUUUUUUCACAUAUUUUAUACAAGAAAACUGUAUGGACUGCAUACAUUUGGAGAUCAAAAUAAAUGUGCUUCAAAAAAGUAUUAAAUGCUGGUUUAAACAAAAGUGUACUGUGUAAUGUAGAUUCUUUCUGCUGGUGGAAGUUAUGACUCUAAACUGCACAGCUUCUCAAUCAGGAGGCCUCAGCAAACUUCUAGUCAUGACUUAAAAUAACCACUAAAAUUCAGUAUAUUUUUUAAUACGAUAUAUAAUAAUAUAUUCAAUACGAAGGAGUUUGUUGUUU